AUGGAAUGCUUGAGGGAUAUCGACCUCGAGAGAGACUGCGUCCAAGUCGCAACGGCCAAUGAAAGCAUGCAGCACGUCAGAUGGGCAUACUCCUUUGCAGGGCUGGAGUUUGGCAGGAUGUACUCAUGGGGCAAUGACCCGGAGCAGAAGGGCGACUACGAGAAAGCUAGCCCUUGCGAGCCGGUGGACUUGCCUCAAACGCGCCUCGAGCCCAUUUUGGUCCGUUAUGCAACACUCCAUGGAUUCAAAUGCCGCUUUGAUACCGAAUUUGUUUCAUACACCCAGGAUAAAGAGACCGGUCGUAUCCUGGUGUCACUAAAUGACAAGCUCAACGGAGUCGACUUUCAGGUCCGCUGCCGCUAUCUGUUUGGUGCUGAUGGGGCUCGAAGCCGUGUCGCUGCUCAAGUAGGCUUACCGUUGUCACAAAAGCCUGACAAGGGUAUCGCGUACAAUGUAGUGGUCAAAGCGGACAUGGCUCAUCUGAUGGAUGCUCGGAUGGGUAAUCUGCACUGGAUCAUGCAACCAGACAAAGAACACCCUGAUUGGGCCUGGAUUUGUGUUGUGCGGAUGGUGAAGCCGUGGUACGAAUGGAUGUUUGUCGUCUUCCCUGAUCGGAAGGCAGCAUGGGAAGACCACAAACCUACCAACGAACAGUGGCUUGCCCGUGUGAAGGAGUUCAUUGGGGAUGACUCCAUUCCAGUCGAAAUCUUGGGUGUAUCAAAAUGGCGGAUUAACGACACUGUUGCCGGUGAAUAUUCGAAAGGGAAUGUGUUCUGCUUAGGAGAUGCUGUUCACCGACACCCGCCAAUGAAUGGUCUCGGGUCCAAUACAUGCAUUCAAGACGCCUUCAAUCUCGGGUGGAAAGUCGCAUAUGUUCUCAAAGGCCUUGCUGGCCCAGGGCUGCUAGAUUCAUACAGUGCUGAACGUCAGCCGGUGGGCAAAGGCGUGGUCGCGAGGGCAAAUCAAGGUUUCAAUGACUACGGGCCGCUAUGGGACAAUCUUGGAAUCUUGGAGGACGACGUUGAGAAACGAAGAGAAAUCUGGCGCCAGUUAUCAGAGAAUUCGUCGCAAGGCCGAAGACGUCGUCAAACUUUUCAGAAGACGCUGCACGCUACCAAAGGCGAGAUUCAAGGACUGGGUAUCGAGAUGAAUCAGCGAUACACCGCAGAUCAAGCGGCAGUCUACAGAGACGAUGAGGAGUUCAAGUCUCCGCCCGCUUUUAUCAGAGAUCCCAUUCGCUACUACGAGCCAUCCACAUACCCUGGAUGUCGCGUUCCUCAUGUCUGGCUUACGACACUGGUGCCUGGAAAGAAGAUCUCGACAAUCGAUCUAAGUGGCAAAGGCCGAUUUACAUUAUUCACUGGCAUCGGUGGACGAGAAGCCUGGCAGAGGGCUGCAGAUCGAGUCAAGCAAGAGUUGAAAACACCCAUCGAGGUUUUCUCAAUUGGCCAUAGACAGGAUUACGAGGACGUCUACAUGGACUGGGCGCGGCUGAGAGAAGUGGAUGAGGACGGUGCGAUCUUGGUCAGACCUGAUCGAUUUGUCGCCUGGAGGAGCCAAAAUAUUCCAGAAGACUGCGAGGGCAAGUUGGUCAAGGUGUUGCGCCACAUACUGUGUCUUUGA